AUGAGAGAUGCUCUGUCAGUUCAUGUCAUGACACUGAGGAGCUGGAGAGAGAGAAUUGAUCACCUUCUGAAACAAGAGCGUCUCACUGAUGCCCUGGCUCUUGCUUGGUCCUUUUAUGAAGGCAAAGCAAAGGCUGUAGUAGGCUUGUCUGGGGACACGAGCAAGCGGAAGGCAGUCAUUGCAGACAGAAUGGUUGAGAUCCUUCUCCAUUAUGCUGAUCGGACUUUGAAGAAAUGCCCUGACCAAGGAAAAAUCCAGGUUAUGGAGCAGCACUUUCAGGAUGUGGUGCCUGUCAUAGUUGAUUACUGCCUUUUGCUCCAGCGCACAGAUCUAUUAUUUAACCAGAUCUACGAUAAGAUGAGUGAGAAUUCUGUAGCCAAAGGAAUCUUUCUGGAGUGCUUGGAGCCAUAUAUCUUAAGUGAUAAGCUGUUGGGAAUCACAGCUCAAGUGAUGAAAGACUUGCUCCUUCACUUCCAAGACAAGAACAGAUUGGAAAAUAUGGAAGCCUGCAUUGUGCAUAUGGAUAUCACCAGCCUGGACAUACAACAGGUGGUCCUUCUGUGCUGGGAAAACCAUCUCUAUGAUGCCAUGAUCUAUGUCUACAACAGUGGAAUGAAUGACUUCAUCAGUCCCAUGGAGAAGCUGUUCAAAGUCAUUGCUCCUCCCCUGAAUGCUGGGAAGUCUCUCACAGAUGAGCAGGUGAUAAUGGGCAACAAGCUGCUCGUGUAUAUAAGCUGCUGCUUGGCAGGCCGUGCAUAUCCAUUGGGUGAUAUUCCUGAAGAUCUGGUACCUCUGGUUAAAAAUCAGAUCUUUGAGUUUCUCAUCCGGUUGCACUCAACAGAGGGAUCUGUGGAUGAGGAGGUCUACCCUCACAUUCGUACCUUACUGCAUUUUGACACUCGGGAAUUCCUUAAUGUUCUUGCUUUGACUUUUGAAGACUUUAAGAAUGACAAGCAAGCUGUGGAAUAUCAACAACGCAUUGUGGACAUACUUCUGAAAGUCAUGGUAGAGAAUUCUGACUUCACCCCAUCACAAGUUGGCUGUCUCUUUACUUUCCUUGCCCGUCAGCUGGCCAAGCCCAACAACACACUGUUUGUGAACAGAACGCUUUUUGAUCAGGUCCUUGAAUUUCUUUGCAGUCCGGAUGAUGACUCCCGGCAUUCAGAGAGGCAGCAGGUCCUGUUAGAACUGCUGCAGGCAGGAGGGAUAGUGCAGUUUGAAGAGAGCCGUCUUAUCCAAAUGGCAGAAAAAGCUGAAUUCUAUCAGAUUUGUGAGUUCAUGUACGAACGAGAGCUUCGCUACGACAAAAUCAUUGACUGCUACCUGCGUGAUCCAGUGAGAAAGGAAGAAGUUUUCAACUAUAUUCACAACAUCCUGUCCAUGCCUGGUUACAGUGCUGAAGAAAAGCAGGCAGUGUGGCAGAAAGCUUUGGAACAUAUAGAGGAGUUAUUGCUACUCAGCCCAUGUAAAGCUGCUGACUUGGUGGCCAUCCACUUCACUGAGCAGAUUGAGAGCAUCAUUGCAAACCUUCAGGACCAGUUCUUACUUUUCCAAUUUCUAAGGAGUCUGCUUGAUCCGAGAGAAGGCAUCAACCAAGACCUCCUGCACCUACCACCCCACGUCACGGAGCAGUUCAUCGAGCUGCUGUGUCAACACAGCCCUGACCAUGUUCUGGAGACACUGAAAGUCCUGGAGUACUGCAGGUUGGAGGAAACCAUCCAGAUAACCCAGAAACAUCAGCUCCAUGAAGCUUCCUCAUAUUUACUGGAGAAGAAGGGAGAUAUCCAUGGUGCCUUUCUGGUUAUGCUCGAGCGAUUGCAGAGCAAGUUGCUGAUGCUUACACAAGAUGAUGGAGGUUCAGCAGAACUCCCCUUGCUCGAAAGCAUUGAAGACACCCUAAUGAAAACAAUUGCCCUUUGCCAGAGGAAUUCACACAACUUAAACCAGCAACAGCGAGAGGCCCUCUGGUUUCCCCUGCUGGAGGCUAUGAUGUCCCCACAGAAAUUGUCUGGCUCAUCACAGUACCGAUAUGCUGAAUCCUUGAAGAGUUUGACAAUGCAAGUGCUGAACAACAUGGCUGCAUUUAUUGCUCUUCCUUCAAUCCUGCAGAGAAUUCUACAGGAUCCAGUUUAUGGAAAAGGGAAACUUGGAGAAAUUCAAGGUCUCGUCUUGGGAAUGCUGGACACAUUUAACUAUGAACAAACCCUUUUAGAGACGACCACAAACCUUCUAAACCACGAUCUCCACUGGUCCCUGUGUAACCUAAGAGCUUCUGUCACUAGAGGGCUUACCCCAAAGCAGGAUUACUGCUGCAUUUGUCUACAGCAGUACAAAAGGAGGCAAGAAAGCGCUGAUGAAAUCAUUGUUUUCAGCUGUGGCCACUUAUAUCAUUCCCUGUGCCUGCUCAGUAAGGAGUGUGGGGCCGUAAGCAAAGAUGUGAUGCGGUGGAUGUGCUAUAAAUGCAACUCAAGCAACAAGGGUGGAAAACUGAGCGAGAACUUCUCAGAGCUGAAAAAAGGAAGUGGAACCUCCUUGGCACAGACAGGGUCAGAGUCUGCAUUGGAUCCUCAGCAAAUCCAGGCCUUUGACCAACUCUGCCGACUCAACCGUGGGACCUCCCGGUUAGCUCUCCUGACUGAACUGUCCCGCAGUGGGGAGAAGCAUGGGCUGCUCAGUGUUUCCCACGGGGACUCUGCCAGCAGCGUCUUCCAGAAUGAGACCUUCCAGCUGCACCUGGCCCCUCCACCACUGAUGGAUGAUUAGCGCUGCUGCCUGCUCUCCUGCUGCUGGGAUGUUUUCCCAGUACAACACUGGGCUUCUUCUUCCGCCGCCAUUCCCAGAACCAUUCAUGCCGCGUGGUCUUGCUGGGUGCUCACAAAUCUGCAGCAGUGGCUGAGCUCCUGGCUGAAUGGCAACUGAGGGGCAAAUGGGGCUGAGUGCUGUGAAGUCAGAGGUCAGAGCCAAAGGUACUGAAGCACUGCAGCUGCUGCACUGACCUGGAAGCUUGCAGCAGCACCUGUAACUGCCAAAUAACUGCCAGUUCCAUUCCACAGGAGGAGCAUGCCCAGGGUCUGUGUGCUUCAAGGAGCUGUGCUGUUUUUGCAAGUGGGUGCCAUGCCCCAGUCCCUCAUGGCAGUUGUGGAGUUUGAGGGCAAAGAAUGGGAAAACCUGAAAAAGGCUGCAGAUUGCAGAAAACUAUCUGUACGUGAGGAAGCUAAUCUAGGUAUAGUGUGUUCCUACAAAUCUCCAUUAAAAAGGCCCUUGGUUGAAACUAG